AUGUCACUUCCUGUUGAGUUCGAGUAUCACUCCUUGUGGGCGACCAAGCAGAUGAACUUCAACGUCAAGACCGCAGCAGAAAGACGCCUUAUCCAGCUUAAUGAGCUUGUUGAAAUUCGCAUGGAUGCUUAUGAGAACACCAAGAUAUAUAAGGAGAGGACCAAAGCCUUACACGACAAGAAGAUUAUCCCCAGGGAUUUUGCUGCGAAUGAUUUGGUCCUUCUUUUCAACUCGAGGCUGAAGAUAUUUCCUGGGAAGCUGCGUUCCCGUUGGUCCGGACCUUUUCGAAUCAAGGAAGUCAUGCCCUAUAAUGCUGUUGUACUUUGGGACCGAGAGGGCAAAGAAUUCACUAUCAAUGGCCAACGUCUUAAACCGUACCUAGCGGAGUAUGACACGAUUGAGACCUCCCUCCCUCUGGAGGAGCCACAGGCUGCCUAA